GGGUGGGGCUGGAGAAAGGGACGGACUGGAGGGGUGGCGACAGGCUGUGGGCAAUGGAGGGAGACGAAACUGGAGGAGGGCUUCCGAGGCUGGGAGGUGGAGCACGGCGGGAAUGGCUGGGCCGUGGAAAAGAACCUGACCCUGGUGCCGGGGGCUCCUUCCCAGACCUGUUUCGUGACUUCUUUCGAGUGAGUGGCCCUUGAUCCCUGGGGCAAGGGCUUCAAGGUGGGUCCGGACCCUACCCACCGGCUUCAUCCUCACCCGCCUUCACCCUCCCCUCAACAAAUAUUUGUUGAGGGCCUGCUAUGUACCAGGCACUGUUUUCUUUUUUCUUCUGUUUUUUGUUUUUAAAGAUUUUAAAUUGAUAUUUAGAGUGAGAGGGAGAGAAGAGGAGAAACAUUGAUAUGGGGCGGGGGGGGCAUUGAUCCGCAGCCUCCUGCACGUCUCCCAGCAGGAAUUUAGCCUGAAACCCUGGCAGGUACCCUGGGCGGGAAUCGAACCAGCAACCCUUUGGGGCAGGGAAGGAUGCCCAAAUGAGCCAUACCGGCCAGGGUUCAGGCACUGUUUUAUAUGUCAAGAUACAAGAAAAAUUCAGAAAGAUCAGGAAACGGCUGUUUUUUCAUCUGCAUUUUAGAUAUGGGAUGGGGGAGACAUUAAACACAUAAAGGAUAAAAUAACAAGAACACAACAAUCAGAUGCUUUACAUAUAACUCUAAUCCUGGCAACAGCCGUGCAACAUAGAUGGUAUUGUUAUCUCCACGUUAUGAUGGGAAACUAAGACACAUAAGUAACCAACAUCUAGUAAAUGGCGGAACUGGGAUUUGAACCCAGGCUCCAGAGCUUCUGGUUGUGAUAAAUGCUAUGAAGACAUCAGAACGGUCUGAUUGGUUGGUUGAUUCUCUAUCUCAUAUCCCAUACCUAUUUCCUUGUCCCCUACUCCCAUAGUCAACUAUUCUCACAUGGCAUUAUCCAGCUUUCUAGUAGCUGCCAGUAUAUUACGGGUGAAGUAAUAUCUCAUUGCUGUUUUAAUUUUAAUUUGCAUGUUUCAACUUACUAAUAAUUAAGCAUCUCUUCAUAUGCUUAUUAGCUUUUUGGGUUCCCUCUUUUGUAAAUUGCCUGUUCAUAUUUUCUUUUAGGGCUGUCUUUUACAUAUAUAUAUAUAUUGGGAGCCCAGUGCACGAAUUUGUGCACCUUGAAAGGAACUGUGGGCCACGAGGCUGUAGUAGGCACAGGGGCGGAUCUUAGCCCAUCCUCCACGCCCCCGCCCGGCCCCUCCCACUGGGCCCCUCAGUACCCUGUCUACUGGCAGCCCCACUCUGGCUGACACCACUCCCACGCACUGACAGUGCUGGCCCCACUCGCACCCACGGACAGCACGGGGUGAUUGGGGCCGGCGCCAGCAGCAGGUGCGAGCGGGGCUGGCACCGUCAGUGGGUGUGAGCCUCAGCUGCUGUCCCAAUUGCCCCUCAGGAACAGGGAGAGGUAGAGAAGCCCUCAGGGGCGAUCAGGCAUGGUGGCUACCGCUGGCACCUACUGAUAGCACCGAGUGAUCUGGACCAGCACCAGGCACCAGAAGUGGGUGUGAGUGGAACCAGCACCAGCAGCAGGUGCGAGCACCAGGCACAACCAUGGCGCGGGAACAAAGAAUUUUCAGUUACCACCAGAGGCUCACCCCGAUGACAGUGAGUGGUGCCCCACCCUGGUCUGGUGCCCCCUCUCAUCAGCUCUACCAUCCCGCCAUGGCCAGUCCCGCCAUGUUCUGCAUACACCCCCAGUGGUCAGUGCAUGCCAUAGCAACUGGUUGUUCAGUCUAUUUGCAUAUUAGCCUUUUAUUAUAUAGGAUAUAUUUUUAUUGAUUUCAGAGACAAAGGGUGAGGAAGAGAGAGAUAGAAACAACAAUGAUAAGAGAGACUCAUUGAUCGGCUGCCUCCUGCACGCCCCACACUGGGGAUCAGGCUGGCAACCUGGGUAUGUGCCCUGGCAGGGAAUCAAACCAUGAUUUCCUGGUUCAUAUGUCAGUGCUCAACCACUGAGCCACAUUGGCUAGGCUGAUGUCUUAUUCUUGUUGAUAUAUAAGAACUAAAUAUAUAAGAACUAGAGGCCCAGUGCAUGAAUUCGUGAAGGGGUGGGUUCCUUCAGCCUGGCUGGCGAUUGGGGCAGGCUGGCUGGGGGGAGGGACUGCGGGAGGUUGGCCAGCCUUGGGAGGUUGACUGUAGGAGCACACUGACUGCCAGGGGGCAGCUUCUGUGUUGAGCAUCUGCCCCUUGGUGGUCAGUGCGCAUCAUAGCAACUGGCUGGUCGUCGGGUCGUAAUGGUCCUUUAGGCUUUUAUAUAUAUACUAGGGGCCCAGUGCAUGAAAUCUGUGCACUGUAGGGGGGCAUCCCUCAGCCCAGCCUGCCCCCUCUCAUAGACUGGAAGCCCUCAGGGCAUGUCCUACUGAUGGCCCCCUCUGCGGGAGGCGACUGGGCUGAUCAGGGGAAGGUGCCAGCCCUAUCACCCACUGCUGCAGCCACUGACAGCCACCACAGCCACCAAGGUGUUUUCAUCAACAUGGACUCCAGUCCCUUCACCAUGAAAAAAUGACAACUUUCUUUAGGUAUUUUCAAGAUGUGUCUUUCAUAGGAUAUGACAUGUUGUUUUUUUUUUUAGCCUCACCUGAGGAUAUGUUCCAUUGAUUUUUAGAGAGUGUGGAAGAGAGAGGGAGAGACAGAGAGAAACAUCAAUGUGAGAGGGACACUUAGAUUGGUUGCCUCCUGCAUGAGCCCUGACCUGGGCCCGGCCAGGGAGGAGCCUGUAACCUAAGUAUAUGUCCUUGAUCAGAAUUGAACCUGGACCCUGCAGUUGGCAGAUCGAGGCUCUAUCCACUGAGCAAAACCAGCUAGGGCAGGAUAUGACAUUUAUUAUCCCCUCCAGCAGCAGACCUUCGUUUUUUCCUCCAGGAGGGUGGUGGAAAAACCCUAGAUCACCUUCUUAGAUUUUUAUAACCCAAGUUACCAAGAACACUGCAAGUGGCAGCGUACAGGGAGCUUAGCCAAUGUGCAGUCAGCAAAGGUAUUUACACUCAAACUGGUUUGGCUCAGUGGAUAGAGCGUCGGCCUGCAGACUGGAGGGUCCCAGGUUCGAUUCCUGUUAAGGGCAUGUACCUUGGUUGGGGGCACAUCCCCAUUGGGGAGUGUGCAGGAGGCAGCUGAUCAAUGUUUCUCUCUCAUUGAUGUUUCUGACAGUCUAUUCCUCUCCCCUCUUCUCUGUAAAAAAUCAAUAAAAUAUAUUUUUUUAAAAAAAGAAAAGAAGCCCUGGCUGGUUUGGCUCAGUGGAUAGAGCAUCAGCCUGCGGACUGAAAGGUCCCAGGUUCGAUUCCGGUCAGGGGCAUGUACCUUGAUUGCGGGCACAUCUGUGGUGGGGGUGUGCAGGAGGCAGCUGAGCCAUGUUUCUCUCUCAUCAAUGUUUCUAACUCUCUAUCCCUCUCCCUUCCUCUCUGUAAAAAAUCAAUAAAAAUAUAUUUUAAAAAAGAAAAGAAAAGGUGUUUCCUCUGCAGCCCAUGUGCAGAGGAUUCCCUGCGUUGUGUCCACUGGGCUAGGGGUGUGUCCCCGGCCACUAGGGGCACGCCCCCAAGCCCGGCAGCCCCGCGUUGGCUGUGUCCAAGAGCUGGGGGAUGUGGAUCCCAUAGACACGGCGCGUGGGAGGCCGCCGGGGGCACACCCCCAAGCCUGGCGGCCCCGCGUUCGCUGUGUCCACUGGGCUGGGGGACGUGGACCCGGGCUGCUUGGCGCGGGCGCAAGCAGCCACAGGGUGGGAACCGUUCGCUGUGUCCACAGUUGGGGGACGUGGAUCCCAUGGGCACAUGCGCAAGCAGCUGCCACCCCGCAGCUGCUUGCACUUGGUGCCCUGGCCGCUUGUCCUGGGACCCAGCCUGCUUGGCACCCCCAGCCACUUGUCCCGGGACCCAGCCCUCUUGGCGCCUCCGGCUGCUUGUCCUGGGACCCAAGCCGCUUGGUGUCCCAGGACCCAGCCCGCUUGGUGUCCCAGGACCCAGGCCGCUUGGUGUCCCAGGACCCAGGCCGCUUGGUGUCCCAGGACCCAGCCCGCUUGGUGUCCCAGGACCCAGCCCGCUUGGUGUCCCAGGACCCAGCCCGCUUGGUGUCCCAGGACCCAGCCUGCUUGGUGUCCCAGGACCCAGGCUGCUUGGUGUUCCAGGACCUGGGCUGCUUGGCAUGGGUGCACGGUCAAGUGGCCGCGGGGCCGCUUGUGCUUGGCACCCCAGCCGCUUGUCCCGGUACCCAGUCCGCUUGGCCGCCCGGCCACUUGUCCUGGGACCUUGGCCGCUUGGCACCGGUGCCGGUAGGCCACUCCUGGCCAGGGCGUUCUGGGACCCCGGCCACUCAGGGCCUCCACGGGGGCCUACAGGCUCAGAGUGGCCUGGGUCCUGAGGAUGUUCCCGGGACCCAGGCCGCACGGUGCCUGCAUAUGCAAAUUAACCUGCCAUCUUUGUUGGGUUAAUUUGCAUACUCACUCCUGAUUGGCUGGUGUACAUCGCAGAGGGAUGGUCAAUUUGCAUCUUUCUCUUUUAUUGUAUAGAGUAUAUAAAUUCCUUGUAUUUUCUAGAUGUCUGUUUCUUGUCCAUCCUGGACAUUGCAAAAAUCUCCCAUUCUACCAUUAGUAUUAACUUGUGCCCAUGGUAUUCUUUGUUGUUAUUUUCAUAUGACCAAACUCAUCUCUCCCUUUUUUGCUUUAGCGUUUGUUCUUGAAAUUUUGUUUUAAAAAAUCCUUUCCUAUCCUUAGAUUCUAACAAUAUUCUUAUAUUCUCUUUUAAAUUAAAUCUUUAUUGUUGAAAGUAUUAUAUAUGCCUCCUUUUUUCCCCCAUUGACCCCUUCUAACCCACCCUUGCCCCCCACCCCAGGCCUUCCCCCACCCUAUUGUUAUAUUCUCUUCUAGUAAACUCUUAGUUUUACCUUUCACAUUUAGAUCUUUAAUCCACCUUUGAAUGUGGUGUUAAGGGUCUAGUUCCCCCACCCCUCCACAUACUGACCCCAUUUUCCCAACACCAUCUACUAAAAAAAAAUCCCUUCCCCAUGGAAUGGCAGUGCUUCCUCUGUCAUUUUUGAAAUUCCCAUAAAACCUAGAUUUAUCCCUGAGCACAGUUCUUCCACCAGUAUGACACUAUUUCUAUAUUGUAGCAUAUUCAAAUGAUGGAAUAAAAACUAUUUACAAAGGUGUAAGCAGACCACAAGGUAUAACCCAUGACCCCCAGGCUAGUAACAGUAGGGUGAAGGGUCAUUCCCACCCCUAGGCCUGACAGGGUAAGGGCAGAAGCAGUUACAGAAACAGGGCAGAGAAGGCUGUGAGGAGAGGGCGCUGUGGAGCUGUGCCGUCGCUGACAGACACAACAGUCCCAGGUGGUCCCUUGGGAGGGAGCCAGGAGGAUAAAUAUCCUGAUUUUAUUCUCUUCUCUCACUUCUGUCUU